AUGGACAGAACCCAUCCAUCUUCAAUCCAUCGACCAUCGCCUCCGAUCAGCACCCCCGUCGCCGCCCUGCUCUCCGAUCGAAGGCAUCCAGUGACCAGGCGCCCGCCGACUUGUACGAUUCACGCCACCAGCGAACAGUCAUAUUUUGGGGCAAAUGUUUUACAUCCAAGAACUAUAAUUCUAGUGAUGAGAUAUGACAUUCCCAUUGUUAUAAGAAACAUCUUCAACCUCUCUGCACAUGGAACAAAGAUUUCAAGAUCACCUGUUAAUGAAGUUAAUGAUGUUAAUGAAGUUAAUGAAACUGAAGACAAAAAGAAUUUGAUGAAAUAUAUAAAAGGAACUGGAAUGGCUGGUGUUCUAGGUACAUCAAGUGCCAUUUUUGGUGCUGUAAAAGAUGUUGGAGCUAAUUUCAUCAUGAUUUCUCAGGGGGUAGAUCCGUCAAUAAGACCUGAAGUGUGGGAAUUUCUUCUAGGAUGUUAUUCUUUGAGCAGUACAACAGAUUACAGAAGAAGGCUAAGGACUGCAAGGAGUUUGAAAUAA